UUAGUUUUUUUUUUCAUGACAGCUGUUGCUGUUAGAUCUGUGUUUACUUUUAUUUUGUUUACCUAUUCUCCGAGUAAAAUGAAUACACGCGCUCACAAAGCGUUUAUGCUGAAUUUCUUUCUGGACGAAGGUCUAGGCUCUCAACUUGCAGAGGCCGUGCGACUUGUUACAGCUGAGAGUACAUUAAGUGUAUUACAUACUGUCAAUGAAGUAGAUGAGGAUAGACAAGAGCUGCCGCGAUUUCAGGAUGAUCAAUUCAAAGAACAGUUUCGCAUGAAGCGCAGCAGUUUUGAGACAUUACUGCAGGUUGUGGGUAAGGCAAUAGCCGGAGCGGAACAUCACCAGCCGAUUGCGCGCGUUUCCCUGCCAGAGAAAUUAUUAUAUACCCUUACACUUCUAAGUGGCAACAAAUCAUUUCGUGAAGUGGGCGACAGUUUUGCCAUAUCCAAGAGCUCCGGCCACGAAAUAUUCAAAUGGGUUACAUCUGCUUUUGCAGCAUUAAUGCCUUGCUAUGUGAAAUGGCCAAAAGAUAAUGUGUGUGGCAACAGUCAACUACCUGGCGUGGUCGGCGUCAUCGACGAGUGUCGUAUACCACUAAAACUGCCCGUGCGGGAGGAGCAGGGUCAUCUUCAGUAUGCGUCGCUAGCACUUCAAGCAGUUUGUGAUGAACGGAGUCGCUUCCUUGAUGUCCAUAUCGAUGUGCCCGACAAUCAAUGUUCAGUGUUGCUAAAGAGCGAACUGUUUGAGAGACUGAUUGACAUGGAGGAACCGCUCAUGCCAUCGAACAAACAUCUCGUGGGUGAAAUGACCUACCCUCUGCUGCUCAAUUUAAUGACACCCUAUGCAGAUAACAAUGGAGAGUUGACGCCUUGUCACAUACGCUACAAUCGGGCUAUUCAUUUAUGGAAUGCGCCCGCUGAACGAGCAUUCGCGGCCUUGAUGUCUCGUUUUAGACGAUUGAAAUCUUUAGAUGUUGGUACAAUGGAAGUGGGCAGCAUUGUUGUCUCGGCCACAUGUAUGCUACACAACUUUAUCUUGGAUUGUGGCGAACCGAUUGAAGAUUCAACAUUGGACUUUGAAUUGCUGCCAGAGAACCAAAAUUCGAUUGUGUUUGAGGAGCAUGGAUUGGUUGACUGGGAUCAUACAGCAGCUGCAGAAAAGAAGCGCGACGGCCUGGUAGCCGGCUUUAUACACUCUUAGCAAUUACGCAUUUAUUUA